UUACCUAAUGCUCGCGUGAUUCUGGGUAACUACCUUUCUCGCUAUAGAAUUAUUGUAUCAUUUGUAUGUGUGUAGUAACGGAGCUUUGCUACAAUACGAAAAACGAAACUUGUGCUAGCUGCGUAACGCAAGCGGCUGUUUUUCAAAAAUUUGUAACCCCCCGCACGUUACCAGGGGUUGGAGCACGCAUUCCUUUCACAAGCUCGGCUCGCUGCACCCCCAAAGCUGAUUUCUUUUGCAGACUUUCCCUUUGCUCAUGAUCUGUUUUGCAAAUUUUGCGUUUCGCGGUUGAUUUGAUCUCGCUUUCCAAAUUUUUUUAGUUUUUGCUGUGUUGUUUUCCUUUACGAUUUCAGUAUUAUUAGGAGUUUCACGAGUGACCGUAGGAUGUUUCUAUGUCGUCAUACUGGCUCUGCAUACUGUGUGUACUAUCUGAGCAUGGAUCUCAUAUUUAUAAUUAUAGCACUUGGAUUUUGAUACGCUGUUGAGUGUAUAAUGUUUGGCACACACGAGACCGUGGAACCAUGGACUGGAAAGAACUCUACGAUCUUUAUCUCCGGAACAUGCGCGUCCGCGUUGAAAAAUGGGCAUACGUGCACGGACGCUUCUGUGCAGGACAUCCUUAUUCCAUCAUCUUCCUGUCGAUAUGUACCUUGGUAUUGUGUUGCUUACCCCUUACGAAGCAACCACUCCCGGGUUAUGCGCCAAUCGAAUUCGUCACACCCAUCAAGGAGUUUGCGGUUCGCAUCGACGGCAGGACGUCGUUAUCUGAUCUUCCCGAAUGGCUCGGGCAGGGACGAAUUCCGGAAGCGUAUGUCCAGCAGAUUAUUACAACCGCUCAGAUCUCACAUUGGACUAAUGAUUUGAUACCGAUCGAUGCGGUCCGAACGCCACUGGGGAAAGUGUUCGACAUACUGCAGUUCCUUCAGGCGUUCAACAUGACGACAUCAGGGAAUGGACAAGCUUUACGUGACCAGUGCUAUGUUGCUGGCAACGUGGCUUGGAAAUAUCGAAGAUACGGAUUUCUUCCGGAAAGUGAAUGUCUAAUUAUUUCCCCAGCUAAUAUCUGGGAUUUGGAUAGGACAAAGUAUGAUACCGACUCCGAUAUUCUCGGAACCAUUUUUGCUCAUGAAAAGCGCACUACCAUAGAUUCGGCUCCCGGAUUUAAAGAUCUGGCGUUUGGAGUUCCAUGGUCAGAUACUGGUAUCCGGCCACAAAUAUUUGGAUUGCGAAAGCGAAGUGUUGGAUUCGCCAUUACUGUGAUCCUUCGUGUAUAUGAUCCUCAAUUUCUGAGUGCCUUAUCGUCGGCCAUAAAAGACUUCUUUAAUGUUUCUGAAAGCACUGUCGAACCCCCGGUCGACCACAUCGUCCAUAUCAGCUUUCUGGCGUUUCCGGAAUUGGUGCAGUUUCUGCCUUUGAUCAUGACUUACAUUAUUGUCCUCUUGUACUUAUACUUUUCCGUCAGAAAACUGGAAAUGGUUAAAUCAAAAAUUGGCUUGGCCAUUAGUGCAGUUGCUACCAUAUUUUGCUCUUUGGCUAUGUCAUCCGGAUUAUGUUCCUUCUUCGGAUUGAAUUUUACUGUGAAUGGAGGGGAAAUUUUUCCAUAUCUGGUUGUAAUGAUUGGCCUCGAGAAUGUUAUUGUGAUUACAAAAUCAGUUGUCUCAACGCCGGUGCAUUUGGACGUUAAAUAUCGCAUUGCUCAAGGAUUUAGCAGAGAAGCAUGGGGAAUACUUAAAUAUUUUCUUUCCGGCCUAGCCAUUGCAUCCAUUGGCUAUAUGACUUAUAUACCAGCAUUUCAGGAAUUCUGCAUGAUGGCAUUUGUUGGGUUGGUGGUGGAUGUAUAUCUACAAAUUUUUUUCUUCUGUGCUGUUUUAUCAAUUGACAUUGGCCGCAUGGACCUUUCCGAUCAUCUUAACCACCGUGCGGGGACAACUGCUUCAGAAAAAUCCUAUAAGGAGAUAGGUUUUGAUAUCCCAGAGGUCCGUUGCCCGGUUUUGAACUGGUUGAAUCGAACAAGUGGUCCGUCAGGGAAAUUUGUUGUCGCUGCGACUAAAUCUGAAUCUAAGCAGAUGAAUCCAGUGGACCCACAAGCAGAAAUACCGGACGUUCACACUGCCAGACGUGUGCGACUACUGUGGUUUCUCUUAAGCCGUCGCAUUAUGCAGCGUGCCUUCAUGGGUUUUAUCCUAGUUUGGACUGCUGUCUUGGUGUACCAGCUAGGUUUCAUGGAUGCUGUGCAGUCAGGACGUUUAUGGGUGCGCGAUCUUGGAAAUUAUCAGAAAGUGGAUAGUGUGAUUUUGGAUAAUAUGCACAAAUUAUCGUACCGUCAUUGGCCCACAUUAUUCGGCUACUAUAAUGUUAGUCUGUCGGGCAAAUAUAUCAGCAUCCUGCCGCCGAUAAGGGUAGAUAUUAGCAUUGCUCCUGAGGUGGCUGUGGCUAGUCGACAUCCGUUGGAUCAUAAAAAAGCGCCUUGGAAAGAUGAGGAAUUCAUGGCAAGACAACAGGAAUACCUCCAGGGAAAACUAGCGGAACAAGAUCUUUGGGUGCUGUUUAUUUUGGGUGCAUCCACCGGCUGUAUGGUCUUGGGAUUGUUUAUGUAUGCACUCCGUUCUUUGUGGCCCAUUCACUUGAUGUUUCCAUCAAGAAACAAAGACCGCAACGCGAUUCCGUCCCGGCCGUUCAAGGCGGAUGUGCAUGUUUACUGUCUACUGGAACAUCCGCUGGCCAUAACAAAUAUGAUUGUGCAUGAAGAUCUCGUGGCUACUAGUUGCUGCGGCGGUCAGUUGCGAGUGUGGAACUGGAAUGCGUUGAAAAUUUGCCGAGCGUUCAAGCGGGUUAUUACGCCAUACACAACACCGCGAGGAAACGCUUUGAGGAGAAUUUCGCCGAAAGAUUUAUGCAUUGAUCCAAAGAGACAGAUAUGGUCGCUGGCAAUGCGAAAAGGAAUUGUUGUGGCGGGUUGUGCGGAUGGUAUGAUCGAAGUGUACGAAGUGGAAACGGGAUUAUGUGUUACGUCAUACAAAACAACCGAGAAUGGUAUCAGUGCGUUAGGGUUCACCGGUUUGGAGGUGAUCGCUGGGAGGGACAACGGUGUAGUGGAUCUGAUCGAACUUAAUCGACUACAGUUGUUGGAACGAUACACUUCUCGGUUACACUUGGCAGCAGUUGGCCGAGUCACUGUGGUGGAUGAACGUGUUGUUACGGUUGGAUACGACAACGUUAUCAAGGUUAUGCGACUUCCUGACUGGAUAUGUGUACACUCGCUUUGGGUUCCUUCCGGGUCUAUUACCUCGUUUCAUCUGGAGAUGUUCCCGUUGGGGGCAUGUUCGGGUUACUCUGAUGGUAAAGUGCGCUUAUGGAAUUUGGAAUCAGGGCUGCUCGUACGAGAGUAUGGCUCAAAAUGUGCUGAAGCAGUGAAGUGUGUUGGAUUCUCGGAUACAGCAGUUUUCGCCUUGUAUGAUGGCGGUAACAUAUGCAGCUGGAACCGAACCGAUGCAAUGGUCGUGCAGAACGUCACUUUGGGGAUGGGACGACUGGCGACGUUUAUCUACAGAAAUGAGUAUUUAUUCUUGGGGUCGGUUGGAGAAUUAGCGGUACUUGAUUGUCGCACUUUGGAGGUGGUUCGAACUAUUUCUCUGGAAGGAAACGUUGCCGAUUAUAUAGCCAUUCCAGGAAAAAUCCUUAAAUUACCAAACUCAGAUUUGAUCUGUGAUUACGGUCGACAAAUGAGAGUAUUACGGUUUGUCGAUAAAACGAGAUGACCUAUUUGGCUUUUCAGUUUUACUUGUUAUCAAUGUGGGAGCAUUGUGUUCUUGCUGGAAGGUAAGACGAAGGGAAAGUCUGCACAACCGUUGACCCUUCCAACGACAGAUACAUCGUUGCUGCCCAUGGAUCGAAAAAAGCGAUCCAUCAAGUGCUCUGUCUGGAGAUGU